AUGAGAUGCAUGGAAGAGUACCUGUUUGACAGAAGCAAGCUCGCUGCGAGGCCGCUCGGAAAGGUGCUGGCCGAGGACUACUGCUUUGACCUGGAAAGAGAGGAGGCGUCUGGCUUCAGGGUGAGCAAGGGGUUUCUAUGGUGUGGAGAGUGCAGGGCUAUGGAGGUUGACGAAAAGACAGUAUAUCUUCAUGGAAGCAAGCUGUUUAUGGUCUCAGAUAGUCUCAAGGUUUACGAAUUGCCUUCUGCGCUGCCUUCUAGCGGAUUGGUGGUUAGAGGAGACGACUGUGUCUAUAUUGAGAAGAAUGGAAGGAGAUGGACUUUUCCGGAUAUGCCUGAGGACGAGGUCUUGGAUGGGACAUUUCUGGGUGAUAGGGUAUGGAUAUGGCAUGCAGUAAAUACGGAGGGAAGAAGGCACUUAAGCAGAAGUACCUAUCUACUGGAAACAGAAAAGGCUGUCAGAUGUGAGGGAAAGAUGUAUGCAAGGGAUGGAGAGACGAUUCUGCAGGUGCAGGACAUCCUUGUAAGAAAGGAUGCUGAGAUCUGCAACCCGACGAGGGUGUGGAGCAGGGGCGCUGGAGAUGGAAUGGUGGUAAUAACAACGACUCCAGAUACAGUAUGGAUGGAGUACGGGGGAUAUGUCAGCUCAAAGCCUUGUUGCAAAGAGAUCUAUGGUAUGGACGGAUGCAGGCUACUGGGGCUGUCCUCCUGCGUGGAUGUAUCUGACCUGUAUCUAACUCUCCGGCUGUUCACAGACAUUCCAGUGGAGGUGGAGGCAGUAGAAAAGAUCGAGGAGUACCUGUUCAAGCUAUUUGUGUUUACUGAUAGGGGAGGGCGCCUGGUUGAAUGGCUGGUGGAAUCUGGGAUGGACAGGCAGAAGGAAAUGAUUCUCUGCAGGCUGUACCGAAAGGUGGAUGACAAGGGAAAAAGGGUGCUUGAGAGGUGGAUGCAGGGGAUUCAGAGUCUAGAUGCACUAAAGCUGAUAAUCAUAUACUUUCCAGAGAAGCUGGAGAGAUACAUUAAGAUGUGCAUAGAAGAGAAGAGAGAGUUUGAGAUAGAGGAGGUUGUUGAGCACUACCAAGGAAGCGACAAGAUUGAAGAGAUAUGCUUGGUAUUGCUGAAGAACAGCUGCCUCCAUCUUUUCAGCCUGUGCAUGCCCGAAUACAAGGGUAGAUUUGGGGAUGUGGCUCUCGUUGAGAGGUACAACAUGGAGAGCCAGAGGAACAUGUGGAAGACCCAGAGGAUACACGGGGAUUUGAUUUGA